UUUUGUGGAUACCGGUCCAAGUGCUACUUAGUGGUUCAUUCUUUCAAGCACAGUAACCAUCGUCUGCAAACUUUCAGCACGCGCGGUAAUCCCUAAAAGGCCUGACAACCUACCAGUUUAUUUUCAUCGCGCGUUUCAUGAAGGAACCACCGUUUAAUAGAAAAAUCACUGCGAAACUCGACUAUAAUGGCGGUCAUGCACCUCUUCGGUUUAAUUCACCAUCUAGACCAGCAUCACCAACAAAGCAACCGGUGCAGUCAUCUCUCUCACCACCAGGCUUCCGUCCGACAGCCAAGGUCAGCUCAAAUGCGACCAGUGCCCGGAGACUGUCAAGUUCGGUUUCAUUGAACAACAUCAACAAAGUAACACACUCUCGACCUGGGUCGCCUUCGAAACCAGUCCGAAGUCCUGGUCCUUCCAUAGUCACGAAUCCCGUUAAAGCUCGCGUUACGGCGCGGCCUGCAUCCAAGUCCACUACCACAUCUCCCGUGUCCAGUACAUCUCCUCUAGAGUCGCGUCAGCGAUCAUCCACUACCGUUGCGUCAAAGCUACGACUUCCGCCCCGGCAAGACCGACCACGUAGCGAUAGCGUUGCCCUACAUCAUGCACAGUCUACCUCAGCAUUACGGGGAAAUUCACCAUCGCCCCGAACUCUGCUCUCUUCCGAACCUCCACUCGUACGCGUUGACCCAGACCGUGUAUCGCCAUCGGCUCCCAUCAAGAUUAAAUCCAAGGUUUCUGGGUUAGCCAAAUCUUACCAUAGUACCGAAACAGAUCCCGCUCGCUCGUUAUCCCCACCAUGGGUUACCACCAGGCCCACUCAUACAAGACCACCCAUACCUUCACUUUCUUCAAGCCUCUCAUUAAACGCGCCUCCAAGUCCUCCUAAUUCGACUACGGUGCCAAAUUUCUAUCCCAUAACGACCGCAGCUCCUGCUGCUAAUCCCCAUAGAUAUCCCUCGCCGCGACGCGGCCCCUCACCUACACUCUAUCCAUAUCAAACAUUCACUCCACCUGAAAGACCUUCGAAAGCAGCCAGGCAGGUCCUGAAAGCUAAGGUCGACCCUGCUUCCAUUCCUCUUCCUCCGCAUUCACCACCAAUAUCCGCAUUAUCUUUAUCUUCAAAGUCGUCUGUAUCUAGAAGUUCAUUGUCUGCGGGUCCCUCUCAUGCAAGCGCGUCAACGCUCAACUCUCACAUGAACAAGCGUUCGGAUACUGAAUCUGUUCGAGCCAAUGAUGGCCGUUUCAUUCAGAGCGACCAUGAUGACACAAUUUCGCCUACAACCAGUGCUCGACAAUCUAGCAAAGGUCGGGACAGCGACAUUAACUCUGAAAACUCAGAGCACAAGGCGAGGGCUGCAGCCAAGUCUAAUCGAAAGGUCAUACCCACUCACCAUGUCACUAGUACUGAGCUAACUUGUACUUCAGAUUGCCGACUUGGAAAUAACGAAUAAAUCUCUGCUUCUUAUCAACGCAUCACUUGAAACUACGAAGAACCGUCAAGCCAAAGAAAUUCGAGACCUCAAGCGGAAACUUCGUGAAUCUCGACUUAUUCUUCCCCCUAGAG